AAAAUGAGUGGACGUGGAAAAGGUGGUAAGGGACUCGGGAAAGGAGGCGCAAAACGUCACCGUAAAGUUCUUCGUGAUAACAUCCAGGGAAUCACCAAACCCGCAAUCCGCCGCCUGGCCCGUCGUGGUGGUGUGAAGCGUAUCUCCGGUCUCAUCUACGAGGAGACUCGCGGUGUGCUUAAGGUUUUCCUGGAGAAUGUGAUCAGAGACGCCGUCACCUACACCGAGCACGCCAAGAGGAAGACCGUCACCGCCAUGGACGUGGUCUACGCCCUGAAGAGGCAGGGGCGCACCCUGUACGGCUUCGGCGGUUAAACCCGGUCA